ACAUCAAUUUGUUUCGUGUAUGAACAGCAUUUUUGAUGCGAUGUAUCGUCACGAUCUUCUUGAUUGAUCGAAGCGAUGAAUCGUACCGUAUACCGUAAAGGGCCCCCUUAAACAAAAAGUCCUUUUGUAGUUUGUUUACGAAUUACGAGUAUAACGGGGAUAACCUAAAACAUAAAAAGUAUCCUAAUCCUACAAAUUAGAACCUACCUGCUAUUUAAAACUCUGAUUUAAAAUAUCGAUUUCGGAUUCCUAAUUUCUACUGACAAAAGUUGAAAGUUGAAACGCUAUUAAUUAUUCAUGUCCUCUAACUUUCACUGAUAACUUUUUAUGUGAUAAAACGUCAUUUACCUACUGAUAUUAUUCACGUCUCAUGACGCUGCAACUGCUACGUGCUGUGCAUAUUAAUUCAUUUGCAUUUCGUUUUCAAAAUUACAUUACUAGUCAUCGUAAUCUAAGUCGCCAUUACAAGUUAUUACGUAGCGAAUACCGUUACUCGGAGUGGGGGUUCGGACGCGCGAGGGGAAUUCGUAUCAACUUCAACGGUGCGGGCGCGGUAGGAGCGCGAGUUUACUCUGUCAGUCGGUCAUUACGGUAUUUUUCUGUGUUACGUCCCACAUUUACGAUCUUGAAAGAAAAAGUGACAAUGCCAGAAAACAAACCGUUCCAGCGUCUUCCGAAAAAUGUUGUGCCUAAACAUUACGAACUGCAAUUGGUUCCGAAUCUUGAAAAGUUUACAUUUACUGGAAACACCAGGGUGAAAGUAUCGAUCGCUAGUUCUACCAAAGAAAUAGUGCUCAAUAGUUUGGAUUUGGAACUAACGAGUGUGUUACUGGAAUAUGAAGAUGGUGGUUCAAUUACAACACUUAAUCCGGUGGAAGUACGAUUGGUGCCGACUGACGAAACUGCGAUCAUAACAUUCGAGAAGGCACUUCCUGAAGGCGACGCGACCCUCUACUGUGAAUUUACGGGUGAAAUCAAUGAUAAAAUGAAGGGGUUAUACCGCAGCAAGUAUUUAACCCCUGGAGGAGAGGAGCGGUACGCUGCUGUCACUCAGUUCGAGGCCACCGACGCUCGCCGAUGUUUUCCCUGCUGGGAUGAACCUGCUAUCAAAGCUACAUUCGAUAUCACGCUAGUAGUGCCAGCUGAUCGAGUCGCUCUGUCUAACAUGCCCGUGAAGCAGGAGAACAUUGUGGGUGACAAGAAAACCUUGCAGUUUGACACAACUCCCAUUAUGUCCACCUAUCUUGUAGCAGUUGUGGUUGGAGAGUAUGAUUAUGUUGAGAAGACAUCGCGCGAUGGAGUUCUUGUACGGGUUUAUACACCUGUAGGGAAAAGUAAACAAGGAUUAUUUGCAUUGGAAGUUGCAGCAAAAGUACUGCCGUACUAUAAGGAAUACUUUGACAUAGCUUAUCCAUUACCAAAAAUUGACUUGAUAGCUAUAGCAGAUUUUUCUGCUGGUGCUAUGGAGAACUGGGGACUUGUGACAUACAGAGAAACCUGUCUCUUAGUAGAUGAGGAGCACACGUCAGCUGUGAGACGACAGUGGAUUGCACUGGUGGUGGGGCAUGAGCUUGCACACCAGUGGUUUGGCAAUCUGGUCACUAUGGAAUGGUGGACUCAUCUCUGGUUAAAUGAGGGUUAUGCAUCCUUUGUUGAAUUCCUGUGUGUUAACCAUCUGUUCCCUGAGUAUGAUAUUUGGACACAGUUUGUAACUGAGACUUACAUCAGAGCAUUAGAGUUAGAUUGCUUAAAAAAUUCACAUCCCAUUGAGGUACCAGUGGGACACCCAUCUGAGAUUGAUGAAAUUUUUGAUGACAUCUCAUACAAUAAAGGUGCAUCCGUCAUACGCAUGUUGCAUAGAUACAUUGGUGAUGAUGAUUUCCGUAAAGGCAUGCACAUUUACUUAACAAGACAUCAGUAUAAAAACACCUUUACUGAGGAUUUAUGGGCUGCUUUAGAAGAAGCUUCAAAUAAACCAGUUGGAGCUGUGAUGUCAACAUGGACUAAACAAAUGGGAUUCCCAAUGGUCGAGGUCAGCUCUGAGCAAAAGGGUACAGAUCGUGUACUAAAAUUGACUCAGCAAAAAUUCUGUGCUGAUGGCAGCCAAGGCGACGAUAGAUUGUGGAUGGUCCCUAUUACUAUAUCUACACAAGAGCAACCCUCAAAGGUGGCGCUGUCUACAGUAUUGGAAAAGCGAUCGCAGGAAGUAGUGUUGGAAAAUGUUGCAGAAGAUUCAUGGGUUAAGCUUAACCCGGGCACUGUGGGGUACUACCGCACGAGGUACCCAGCGGCCAUGUUGGAGCAACUGGUGCGUGCCGUGCGCGACGGCUCGCUGCCGCCGCUCGACCGCCUCGGGCUGCUGGACGACUGCUUCGCGCUCGUGCAGGCUGGACACACGCACACCGCUGAUUCACUUAAACUAAUGGAAGCAUUUAGCAACGAAACGAACUUCACAGUUUGGUCAUCCAUAUCCAACUGCCUGUCCAAAUUGAGCGCUCUUUUCUCUCACACUGCUCUCGACAAACCACUUAAAAAUUACGGGCGAAAACUGUUCGCCAACAUUACCAAAAGAUUGGGAUGGGAUGCAGAAGAAAAGGAAAGUCACCUCGACACGCUACUCAGGAGCUUAGUCCUGAACAAAAUGAUCAGUUUCGAAGAUCCAGAAACUCUCAAAGAAGCCAAGAGUCGUUUCGAGAAGCACAUCUCGGGCGUGUGCACGCUACCGGCGGACCUGCGCUCGGCGUGCUACCGCGCCGUGCUGGCCGAGGCCGACGCCGAGGCCUUCCAGCGCUUCCUGCAGCUGUACCGCGCCGCCGACCUGCACGAGGAGAAGGACCGCAUCAGCCGCGCGCUCGGCGCCGUACGCGACCCCGCGCUGCUCAAGCAAGUGCUCGACUUCGCCAUCUCGGAUGAGGUUCGAUCGCAAGACACGGUGUUUGUCAUCGUCUCAGUGGCAGUGAGCAGAAACGGCCGCGACCUCGCGUGGGAGUUCUUCAAAGAUCACUGGCAGGAGUUCAUGGACCGCUAUCAGGGUGGAUUCCUGCUCGCUCGCCUCGUGAAAUCGACGACAGAGAACUUCGCGUCGGAAGCGUGCGCGCAGGAGAUCGAGGAGUUCUUCCGUACGCACCAUUCGCCGGGCACCGAGCGCUCCGUGCAGCAGGCGCUGGAGACCGUGCGCCUCAACGCGGCCUGGCUGCGCCGCGACCUCGCCUCCACCACCACGUACCUGCAAGCCUACCACUGAUGCCGCCGGACCAAAUAACGAAAGACUGAAAUUCAACGAAGACCGCUUUAUUUCAAUCUUUUAUGAUGUAUGGAAAGCUGACUUUAUUUAUUUUCUUUACACAUACCUACUUUGUAAAUGACUACAAGUAUUAUGUGUUAUUUCUUAUUAUAAAAUCAUUUUAAUACUAUAAGUAAUUAUCUUCUCAGGACAUCUCUGAUCCCACUGUAGGGAUAAAAUAUAUUAAUAGCAUUUUAUAAAAAUGGUACGUAAAAUAAUAACAUAAUAUAUUUCCUUGGUGUAGUUGUGAAAUAUCAUGUUUAUGACUUAUGAUGAAUAAUUGUUGAUGGUUAUUUUAUUUUUGCUGUUUAAAAUGUGAUGUAUAUUGAAAAGAAAAUGUUUCGCAAAUUACCAAACUAGAAGACUUGUUUCCUUUUCAAUUGGACUUAUAAAAAAAGCCAUACCAAAUAGGCCUGUUGUGUAAAUGUGUAAAAAUAUAUUAAUUUAUAUUAAGAUAUAUUUUUAGUCUCAUUGGUGCUCAGUGCAUUUCAAAGUUUUGUUUCUCAGAACUAUAAUAUUAUAUUAUACAUGUAGGACCUAACAUUAUAAUGCUAUAAAACUAUGUAUUAUAAAUAUAUCUUUACUGUUUCUUGAUGUAUCUUUUGUGUAAUAGUGUCACAUAAUAAUAGAAAGUUUAAAAUUGUGAUGUAUGAAUAAUAAUUUGAAGUUACCAUCGUUUAGUGACUCAUUUGUUGUCAUGGAUUUAUUUGUAAGACUGUGUUAUUUCAAUAAAUCGUACAAAAGUACCUGUAAA